CACCCUCUUUGGAGGCUCCAUGGCCUGCAAUUGUGGAUUCCACAUUAAUAAGGUAAUGACAUUUGAUGUAUCAUCACAUAUCCAUUAAAAUGUUGUUAUGCCAUUUCACUAUAUUUUAUGCCCUUUGGUGGUUGUAUUAGCAGUCUGCCACUGCCACUGCCACUCACUCUUCUGCUCCACCUCCUGCUGCUUCUGAUACGGCUCCUGAAGCGGCUGCUUCUGCCCAACCCUCAUUCCUGAGGCCUCCUCUAAAUUUGACUAUGUUCAAUAAGUCACGCUUUGGUGGGUCAAAGUCGACAAUGCUUAAACCCAACUUAGUGGAUCGGAGGACCCCCAGCCCCUCUCCUACACCCUCUGCAUCCUCAUCUUCUCUUCCCAGCCCCUCUCCUCCUUCAUCAGUGAGGACUGCCUCCACCCCUCUAUCCUCUGUGAGGAGCUCCACCCCUUCUCUGUCUUCUGUGAAGACCACCAGUCCCUCUCCUCCGUCCUCUGAAGGAACAGCUAGGCCUUCUCCUCCCAGCACCUCUCCCGCUCCAUCCUUUGUGAUGACCCCCAGCCCAUCUCCAUCCUCUGAGGAGCCUGGAGGAGUCCAGCCAGCCAGUGGGGCCCCAGCUUCUUUCUGGCUGCCAGGUGAAUGGCCCAAGACCAUCCCUGUGCAGGACCAGAGGUGGAUUGCCAGCACUAUUUUCCACGCUGGCAAGCUGCGGCCAGAUUUGAAGCUGUGGUACGAGCCGCCUGUCCCAGCUCUCAUUUAUCACCAGACACCUACACCUGACCGGUUCUUCACCCAUCGGUUGAUGGUGUGGAUGCCCUACCACCUGUGGAAGGUGAAUGUUUUCUGUCCAGCUUGUGGCAAGAACCUGACAGGCUAUGGUGUCCAUAAAAGAGCACGGAAGGUUCUGGACAUCGAUAGGUACUAUGUCAUGGUGACAGAGACACUCAGGUGCACUGUGUGUUCUCUGAACUAUCUGUCCACUAGCCAGACUGUCCGGGACCAGCUUGACCUGCCGCACCAGAAAAUGUUCCGGCUGAUCCUGACCCGCAAGUGAGUAGAGUAGUCUAAAGAUGGUUAUUGUGAGGACUAAAGAACAUUUAACUGAUCACAGCAACAAUGUGCGAUUUCAGGUAUGCCUGUGACAUCCGUGUCAUUAGGCUGCUUCGGGU